GACUCAGGAAAUGAUUUGGUGUAGAUUUGGGCUUAUGAAUUAAUUCCUGAAUUGGAAAUGGCUCCCCUGAGAUAUUGUAAGCGGAAGGAUGAAGCUGAAUUAGUGCCUCGGAUUUGCUGGUGGGAAUCUACAGAUAAAAACCCCGAGUUUAGAAAGCUGAACGCGUACAUUUUUCAGAGCAAAGAGCCUCUUUCGUUGCGCCUGCUGCGACCAAGUCUACGAGAGAUGCAGCAAAAUUACUGGAGUUGGGGAUCAGAUUUUCCUGAAGGUGAUGCACCUAAUAUUGGUCCUCAAUUAAGUAAGGACCUUGCUGAAGUAAACCAUGUUGUGCAGCAGUUGAGGGAUGAGAUUGCAUUAUUGCAUCACGAGAAAAGUGAGCAGUGGGAGAAAUUUGUACAUUUCAAGGGCUCUACCGCUCAUGGAAUGGAAGUCAUGAGGUUAGAGUUGGUUGCAUUGAGAAAAAUUAUAGACGAUGGAGGUGGCAAUGUGGUUCCGCCAUCUUUUGUAAAGGUGACCCCAAUGGAAAAAGAUGAUUCUAUAGGUGGAAAUGAGGGUCACGGUCAUCAGCCUGAAAAUGUUGUUGUAAAUGAUAAGGGAGAGCUGGAAUACAUACCCCCUGAGAUAAACUGGGAUGACCAUGCAUUGGUUUGUCGGACCCUAGUUACAUUUCUUCAAAACCCUUGUCGAAAGAGGAAAAUCUCAAUUGAAGAUGAUGAAGCAGAUGAAGAUAAGAAUGAUGUUGAUGAUGGUGUAACUGUUGUCCAAAAGAAGAAGGUUCGAGGACGAGGUACGACUGUUCAGCCUGCCAUGAAGAGGCCAAGGUCUGUGCUAAGAGAAACUCCAUGGCAAGGGCAGGAGUUUCCCAAUAUUGAGGAUGACACAGUUGGUUUUACUUUUGACCCCCUGAGGCCAAUUCCUCAUGAUUCCCUUCUAAAGAUGGCGAAAUUCUUGUGGGAAUGGGGCCAAGAAGAAGAUUCGCAUGUGAGAUUAUGUGGAGAAGAAGGUGUAGACGCUUCACAUGACUUCUUUGUUCGCCUUCUGAGCAUGAAUGGAUGGUUGGAUGACACAAACAUUGACAUGGGAUUGUAUCUGGUACGAGAGCGGCAGAAGAGGUAUCCAAAUUUAGUGGGUUCGGACUGGACGAUAGUCGAUACUCUGUUUCAGAAGUAUGCUGCAAUAGAUUUGAAGCAUAUGCGGCUUUAA